AAGUGCAGCUGAAACAUGGACCUGUCACCACACUCUUGGUACGACUCAUCAUGGCGGGGUUUCUCCAGAUCGCAGUAUGGCUCUUCAUCGUGGCUGUUGCCUGCACUCCAGCGGACGGCUAUAGAUCUAGAAGAACAUGCAGCUCCAAUAUGAGGUGCACCUGCAAGGCCUACUGCGGGAGUAUGGUGGUACGUAAUUUCGGGACGAUCUACAGAUGCACGUCCUGCCGUAGCUGCCAGUCUUACUGUGCCUCCCGCUGUGCAAGCAAAGUCUCCCGCUGGGCCAGAUACAGUUGCGGGGGCGCCUCUACCGGGGAAAGGAUCAAACCCUAUUUCUACUUGUCUGGAUACAGCAAAGGCUUCUACUCCAGCACCUAUGUCUGUAGAAGGACUCACUACUAUGGCUAGUCGAGACAUUGAUCUAAUGACGCCUGCACGGUCAUGGCUAAUGUAAUCCUCAAUUCCGAAAUAAACCUGCAAGCGAGCAA